GUUGGGUGGUAGUAGAACUCGACAACUGCCAAGAAACGGCAUGUUGUUUUGAAGUGGGCACGUAGCUUCUCCCAUCUCCCAUCUCCCAUCUCCCUUCUAAGACAACACAGGAGAGAACAAGAACAAGAAGAGAGCAAGAAAGACAACAUUUGUAGCUACAACAAGAUACAAGGAUAAAGGAUACUAAGAAAGAACAAGAAAGUUCCCAUAAGAAAUGGCAGUAAAACCAACAGUUGCCUUGAGGGCUGUACUGGUAGGGGGUGUAGCAAUAUUUGCGAAAGUAGCAAGUGUAAUGAAGGCUGCUGGUGGUGUGAAGCUAGGGGCUGCUGCAGCAGCUGUCACAGCAGCUGCAACUGCUGCUAUUUCUGGACCAAAAAAAGAUUCAAAUGAUACUUCACCUUCACCUUCACCUUCACCUUCACAGUGAUUAAUCUUCAGUUUUGGGUUCAUUGGUUCUCAGGUAAUUUUAGUAUGUAGCAAGUUGAGAGGAGUUUGGCUUGUGUUUGAACUUGAUCCAGAGAGAAUGUUCAAGCCAAGGAAAUAAAAGAAAAGACAUUGUGGAUUUACAUCGCAAGCUUCCGGUACUGCGGAUAACAUUGGUUAUUUUGCUGAUUUUCCUUCUAGUUUUAGGGAUAAACUGUUGUAUAGCACUGUUCCACUCAAAUGAUAGCUUGUUGUUUUCUUGAUAAAAUUAUGACCGCACUGCUUGAUAGAGGCAGUGUUUGGUACUUUGUGA